CAUGGAGGGCCCCGAGCCGGCGCUGUCGGCGCUGGACAAGAACGUGGCCGAGCUGACCGUCAUGGACGUGUACGACAUGGCCGCGCUGGUGGGCCACGAGUUCGAGCGCGUCGUGGACCAGCACGGCUGCGAGUCCGUGGCGCGCCUCAUGCCCAAGGUCGUGCGCGUCCUGGAGAUCCUCGAGGUGCUCGUGAGCCGCCACCACGUCGCGCCCGAGCUGGACGAGCUGCGCCUGGAGCUCGACCGGCUGCGCGUGGAGAGGAUGGACCGCAUCGAGAAGGAGCGCAAGCACCAGAAGGAGCUGGAGCUGGUGGAGGACGUGUGGCGAGGGGAGGCCCAGGACCUCCUCUCACAGAUCGCGCAACUGCAGGAGGAGAACAAGCAGCUGCUCACCAGCUUGGCCCUCAAGGACUCGGGCUUCUCAGAGGAGGAGUUCCAGAAGCAGGAGGGCAUGUCCGAGCGGGAGCGGCAGGUGAUGAAGAAGCUGAAGGAGGUGGUGGACAAGCAGCGUGACGAGAUCCGGGCCAAGGACAGGGAGCUGGGGCUGAAGAACGAAGAUGUGGAGGCGUUGCAGCAGCAGCAGAGUCGCCUGAUGAAGAUCAACCACGACCUGCGGCACCGAAUUGCCAUAGUGGAGGCCCAGGGGAAGGCCCUGAUCGAGCAGAAGGUAGAGCUGGAGGCCGACCUGCAGACGCGGGAACAGGAGCUGGACAGCCUGCGGGCCGAGCUCAGGAAGCUGCAGGGCCAGGACAGGCUCCGCCAAAAUGGGGAGCUGCAGCCGGAGCCCGAACCCGAGACAGAGCCGGAUCCCGAGGACCGUGUCUCUGAGGCCGACAAGUUGGCACUGGACCUCAAGGACCCGAACCGGCCUCGGUUCACGCUGCAGGAGCUGCGAGACGUAUUACACGAGAGAAACGAGCUUAAGGCACAGCUGUUCGUCCUGCAGGAGGAGCUGGGCUACUACCGCAGUGAAGAGAUGGAAGAGGAGAGCCGGAUACCCCACCCUCCACUCAUCGUGCACCCAAGAUUGUCCCCCCAGCCCGAGUCCGGGAUCAAGCGGCUAUUUAGUUUCUUCUCCCGUGACAAGAGGCGCCUGGUGAACCCACAGAGAAAUGCGGCCAUCCCGGAGACCUUUGGCCAGUGGGCUAGCACCCAGCGUGACAACGGCGACACAGAGCAAGGCCAGGAGGCUCUGCAGCACCUGUGACCCCUGCCUCUGCCUUCGCCUGCAAACAAGACUGUCCACUCUAGGGGACGCACUUUGGAAAAACUGCAGCCAAAUGCAAAGUAAUGUCUAUUUAUAGCCGGGGCUAUCACCGUUUGUCAUAGAUUUGCCCCCAUCCUUUAGAAGAUAUAUUUAAUAAUCCCAUAAACUGAUGCCAGACUUCGCAGUAACGUCAGUAACGCAGUAACUUCUCGAUGCCAAAUACAACCCAGCACUUGCCUCUGCCCUGGUCUGUAGAAUGCUCUGGGUCGAGGUUUCCUUCCCUUUGUUUUUUGGGCUAUCGGGGGCAGAAGAGGAGCGGUGACUUCUUGGCCCGAGUUGCCUCUGGGACGCUGGCAAGUGGAUGGAUCAGAUUCGGCAAAGAGGGCGAGGUGGCCGUCCAGAGUGAGUGGCAGAGAUGGUGGCUGGCAGCCCUGCCCACAGCACCUAGUGCUCUGUCAGGACAAAGCUCUGGCACCUUGUCCCCGAGGACGUAAAGCUGUGGUGGUUCGGAAUGUGCCUUGGAAGCGGCUGUGAUGUCGCCAAUAGUAGCUCAGCAAUUGCUAAGGACGAGACUUUGCCAUGUUUCCCGUGUGCCUUUCUCCCUCCUUUCCCGGCUUUUUUCCUUCUAGCAUCAUAUGCCUUCCAAGAAUGCCAUGACAAAGGUCUCAAAGCAUAUUGAGAAGGGGGUCCAGAGCCUGUGGGUUGUGGGGUGCUGAGUGGGACACACAUGCCAAAGCUAGCACAAGGUUGGGGGCCUCAGGCCUGGCUGGCUCCCAGGAGGUAGAGCAGAGGGAAGGAGGGCACGUGGGGGCCAGUCUGUAGCCAGGCUGAGCCCUGAGGGGAGGAACAGAGUUUCCAGGACACUCCCAGCAUAUUGAGGGCAGCUCUGCACCUUCCCCCGAAGUCUCAGGAGCCAGCAAUGGUUUGGAGGAUUAGCUCAGGCUUUAGGGAGCACGGGCAAGAUGCGAGACUGGCCCCAUUUUCUGCCUUGACACUACACUGGGUCCCCGGAACCCCACCAGGAGUAAUUCCUGAGCACUGUCCCCUAAAAAAUAAGAAUAAAUGAAAAAAGAAAUCA